UAGAGAAAAAGAGGAAGAGAUAGAAAAACUGCAUGCGGAAUUACAAAAAACACUUCAUGUGAAAGAUGAAAUGAAAAGAACCAUGGAAAAGAGGUUUUAUGAGGAGCAGGAAGAGAUGAAAUAUUCAUUUAAGUUACAAAUAGAGGAUAAAGAGCAAUCAGUGAAAGAAAUAGCAACAGAAAAUGGAAUCAUGGCCAAGCAAAUACUUUUGAUGAAGAGCGAACAAGAAAAACUUAUCAUGGAACAAAAACUUUUGAUCGAGGAUGCUGGUUUGAAGCAAACGAAGAUAAAUAUUUAUGCGGAGGAGAUUGAAAUGCUGAAAAGGGAACUUGAUGAAAAAGAAUGUGUCAUAAGUGAUAAGGAUAAACUAAUUAUACAACUAACGAAACAAAACGACGCAUUUAACAAAGAUAUUAAAUUCAGAGACACGACUGUUGAUGCACUAAUCCAAAAAAUAGAGCCAAAAGAAAAAGAAAUAAAAUAUAAAGAACAUCUUCUUGAAAAAAAAAAUUCGGAAAUUUUCGAAAUUCUGCACCUUGUGGCCCAGAAGGGUAAAGAGAUCAACCAGUUAAGUAAAAAACUGAGUGUGACGGAAAAGACUAUUAAGAAACAGAAUCUGGAAUACAAAAAAAUCAAAAUAUAUUUGAGGAAGUUGCGUUUCGAACUCCACACUGCUGCCACCUUCGCAUUUCAACCUUUGAAACUCAAGAAUAAAAUUUUAGAAAUGUCUGGCAAAUACUUGCGCAAAUAUGAUGAAGAUAUCGAAGUUGACACUGCAGUAUUUAAUGAAGUCAAUAGACAAAGAGCGAGGAUGGAAUCCAUAAUAAAGAAACUUGAAACCCGUUUAAGUUUCAACAAGCCUGUUGUGAGAUAUGUCCAUACGCCACAUAGGGCAGUUCAACAACUUCUUUCGGGGUAUAACCAUAUGCUAAUUGAACUUGAAGAGCUGAGAAAGGAAAAGGAAGUUCCUUAUGACAGAUUAAUGUACUACUAUAAAAUCGAGCCAGACGGCGCUUUUCUCAGCAUUGACACCAGGAUUGGAAUCGCGUCGGCCAGCCCCGGCGGGGAGGGGGGCCUCGGUGAAGUGGGGCCAGUGCUGUCCGGGCUAUGGAGGAAGCAGGUUAGGAGGAUGUACCGGGUCAACUUCUACGAGAGCACCUGCCUCAGGUGUGACCAGACGGUCUAUCAGGUCGACAGGGUAGGGCCCCUCAAGGAUUUCACCUUCUUCCACUCGGGCUGCUUCAAGUGUGCGGUAUGUGGCACCAAACUAACCUUAAAGACGUACUACAACAAUCAGCACCGACAAGAGGACAAGGAAGUCUACUGCUCCGGUCACGUACCCAAAAUAGGCCCUGGUCAUUUGGAUGGCUCUGCGGUCGGCAUCAGGUCUGCUCUCAAUGUGCCCAAGACUAGCUUGUUCGUCAAUGAACAGAUUCGCUCCACCAACGGGAGUACAGUGGCACCGGCGGCACCUCAAAUAGACCAGUACCAGUACGGGAGGUUUGAUGCUAGUGCCCUCCACAUCGCCCACGCCCUCAGGGCCACCGAGAUACACAGGGCUUACAACAAGGCCAGGGAGAAACCGAUCGAGUAUUACCUUGUGAGUACAGUUAAAAGUAUUUAG